UUGAUGGCGUCAUUAUUCCAAAGCCACGCCCACAAUUUUCGGCAUAGAAGAUGAAAGCUUCCCGUUUUAUGCGUUCGAAGCUAAAACUUGGCUCGCACUUGAUUUACCAACACAAUGGCGUGUUUUAAAAAAUGUGCUUGUAUUUGAUUUGAGGCAGUUAUAGGCCAAGUGACACGGUACUUUGGAAGCGAGUGCCGACGAGUGGACACUGGGCGUUGUUAGCUGGUUAUGCUAAGUGCUAACGCUACGCCUUGGAAGAAUGAAGACCAUUCACCGCAACAACGUCUUAAGCAUGUUUGAAGAAGGAAACGUGGUAAAGAUCUGUGCGCCGAUGGUUCGUUAUUCAAAACUGGCUUUCAGGUCAUUGGUAAGGAAGUACAACUGUGACAUCUGCUUCACUCCAAUGAUAGUUGCAUCUGACUUUGUUCGAUCCAUCAAAGCCAGAGACAGUGAAUUCACUACUAAUGAGUGUGACAGACCCCUAAUUGUGCAGUUUGCUGCUCACGACGCCCAGACUCUGGUUGAUGCAACGCGUGCAGUUGCACCUUUCUCAGAUGGAGUUGACCUCAACUGUGGAUGCCCCCAGAGAUGGGCCAUGUCUGCGGGAUAUGGUGCGUGCCUUAUCAACAAGCCUGAACUGGUUAAAGACAUGGUCAGACACGUCAAGAACCAAGUGGACAAUCCAAACUAUACAACAUCCAUCAAAAUAAGAAUUCACAAUGACCUGAGGAAGACAGUUGAUCUGUGCCAGAAGGCUGAAUCAGCAGGUGUGGCGUGGAUAACCGUGCACGGUCGUACGUCGGAGGAGCGCCACCAGCCAGUCCACUACGACGCCAUAAAGACAAUCAAAGACAGCGUGUCCAUUCCGGUCAUUGCCAACGGCGACAUCAAGUACCCACGCGAUGUGGAGUCUAUUCACCAGCUCACUAGUGUAGAUGGUGUGAUGGUAGCGCGAGGAUUGCUCGCUAACCCGGCGUUGUUUGCGGGGCAUGAAGAUACACCUUUGGAGUGUAUAUGGGACUGGGUGGACAUCUCUGUUCAGCAGGGUACUCCAUUUACGUGCUUCCACAAUCAUCUCAUCUACAUGCUUGAAAGGGUUAGCUCCCAGCCUGAAAGAAAAGUAUUCAAUUCUUUAUGUAGUACAUCAGCUGUAAUUGACUACCUGCAGAGUACAUAUGGUUCAGUGGAUGAUUUGGUCACAUGAGCAUCCAUCCAUCUUCGAUUGCAUUUGUGUCACUCCUGGCCCAUCCCAGCUGAUUUUGGGGCAAAGGACACUCUGAGGUGGUCGCCAGCCAAUUGUCUGUCACAUAUCGGCAAAGAAACGUUCACACUCGCGUAUCAAAUUAAAGUUUUUUUUGCAUAGCACUUUUCAUGCAUGAAUACUGCUUCACACUAAAGUAGGGCUGAAACAGGUCCUAGAGUAAUUGGAGCACCUCAGACUAAAAAGAAAAUGCUUAAGGCAUUUUUCUGCCUCAGGUAACCAUUUAUAUAGUGUACACUGUCAAAGGGUCAAGCCAACUACGGCAACAAGUGUUCAUGCUAAAGUGGAUGAAUUGAUUAGCCAGUUAUUUAAUCAGUGAAAAAUGUAAAAAUGCUAAUUUUAGUGUUUGUAUUUUAUGUAAAUCUGUGAAAUUUAAUACAGUAUAUGCUCAUUUUAGUUUUACUUACAAUUUAAUUAUUAAUGAGUCAGUUCAAUUGUUUUAGUAGUAUUUUAAUUAUUUUCAGUACUUCAACUAAGAAGUUAUAAUUAAAAAAAGAAGUAAAUAAGCAUUUUGACCAGUCAAUUUUAGGGGAUAAAACAAACUUCAAUAAUGGAACAAACGGGAACAUAUUGUAAACGUACCAUUAGAUGCAUGGUUUUGGACCUCUUGACUGUGAGGCACGUGUGUGAACCAUUCAUUCUGCUAAUUUGUGGUCAAUUGUAAGUAACACUGAAUAAAGCUACAGAUUGACCC